AUGGUUUAUUUUGCUCUCUUUGCUGUUUUCCACGAAGUCUUAAGGGGCCUGAGAGAAAGGGGAGCAUGUUCCAGUGCAGAAUCAGAAGCCACCUCCUUGCAAUGGCAGAUUGAUGCCCAUCCACACAAUGCAAAGUUCUUGCUCGAUUAUGAUCUCAGCCAAAAUCAAAAAUACUUUUAUACUGCCCUGCGUUACCUAAAUUCCAGAUCGAUAAGCAUACAUGCAACGCAAGAUUCUUGCUUGAUCAUGACCUCAGUCAUUUUAUUUAUUUUAAAAUAUUUCUAUGCCACCAUUCAUUAUUUAAAUCUGGAGCAGUUCACACUGCACCGCUGUCACUCAUCUACAUCUACAUCUUCUGUUCUGUGUGAAGUUAAAACCUUACAAGUAUCAGCCUAUAUUCAUUAA